GGACGGCAGCCAAAUAACCAUGACAACGGAGCGGCAAGGCGCGCGCGGCUGACUGCGUGGAUAAAGAAAGAAGGAAAGAGGCGGAAUAGGAGAACGGACAUCGCUGCUUUCCUGCAGGGGACGACAACAAGACACCGGCUGCCAUGAUUCUCUCGCUGGCCGCGGCGGCAGCCAUGACCAGCGGCGGCGGUGACGGCUUCAACUCCUCGUCCGCCCUCGAACUCAUCAGCUCGUCCACUUCCUGGGGUCUCUCCGAGGAGCUUUCCAACUCCUCCUCCGAACCGGCGGUGCAGAUGACCCCCGACCUCCAGCCGGCCACCACCUCUGUGGCCGUCCAGGAGGUGAGCCCUUGGGACAUCGCGCUGUGUGUGACAGGUACGCUCAUAUCCUGCGAGAACGCGCUGGUCAUCGCAGUGCUCUUCUACACGCCCACACUGCGAGCGCCCAUGUUCGUCCUGAUCGGCUCGCUGGCGGUGGCCGACCUCCUGGCUGGUCUGGGCCUCAUCCUGAACUUUGUCUUCACCUACUUGGUGGACGGCUCCUUGGAGCUGGUGACUCUUCUGUCCGUGGGACUGUUGAUCUCGGCUUUCUCCGCGUCCAUCCUCAACAUCCUGGCCAUCACGGUGGACCGCUAUCUGUCGCUCUACAACGCGCUGACCUACCACACGGAGCGGACGGUCACCUUCACCUACGUGAUGGUGGUCUUCAUCUGGCUGUCGUGCAUCACGCUGGGCCUGCUGCCGGCGCUCGGCUGGAACUGCUUGCGGGACGAGGCCAUGUGCAGCAUCUGCCGGCCGGUCACCAAAAACAACGCCGUGGCACUGGCCGUCACCUUCUUACUGGUCUUCGCCCUGAUGAUGCAGCUCUACUUGCAGAUCUGCAAGAUCGCCUUCCGCCACGCGCAGCAGAUCGCCGUGCAGCACCAGUUCGUGGCCAUCUCAACCACCAAGGGUGUCUCCACGCUGUCGGCCAUCCUGUGUGCCUUCGGGGCAUGCUGGCUCCCCUUCGCCAUGUACUCCAUCGUGGCCGACUCCAGCUACCCCGCGAUAUAUACCUACGCCACUGUGCUGCCCGCCACCUGCUGCUCCGUCAUCAACCCCGUCAUCUACGCGUUCCGAAACCCGGACAUCCAGAAGUCGCUGUGGAUGGCGUGCUGCGGUUGCGUCCCGUCCAACAUUUCACUGAGACCCCGCGCCUCUAGCGAUGUGUAGCACAGACUAUACGCGUCUUUGAGGCGGGGAGGCAAGGAGCGUGGCAGCUGCUCCCCUCGGGGAAGAGGUCAGUGGUAGGACAGCGAGGACAGACGCCGGCUUUGACCUCGCUGGAAAAAACCCGAAGCACCGAGACCUCCUUGAGGCCUACCUCUCAGGAGUAGCAUCUCUGUGAAGGUUAAGACGGACCCUGACCUUGCUGGGAAAGUGCUGCAUGCUUAUGCAAUUAGAAGGUUACGGAAUGCUGGUUUGAUCUGGAAUUCCAGUGAAUGACCUUGGCUAUCUUCUAUGAGCUAACAUGUUCUCUCCUGAUGGGGGGAAACAACGUUGUCCUUUAAUCUGAUGCAGAUACACCUAACUGGGAGGUUAUUGAUUGGAUGUCUUUGUCAUCUCCUUUCAAGCACAUUAUAGAAUUUUUUUCCAGAAAAAAACAAAAAAAAACAACAGCACAAUCAGCAUUUUCCCAAAGGCAGGCAGAUGGAAAGCAUCCAUCCUAGAUAUGUGAGCCCCCACCCUUCCUCACAAAGACACCAGCUAGGGUGCACGUCGGGUGUUAUGAAACAGUGCGAGGGGGGAAAAACGUGUUUGGCUGCGCCGUGACUGCGAAAGCGGCAUU